AUGUUUCUAAAAAAAGCUUAGAUAAAAAAUUAGUAACUAGAAAUGAACAAGAUAACGAUAAUUUGGAUGAUUAUAAUACUUUAUUUUCUUUGGAUUUAAUAGAUUUAAUUAAUGACAAAGAUAAUGAGUUAGAGUUUAAUAACAUUCAAGAAAUUUACUUAGAAUCCAUGCAAAAUAAUUCAGAAUUAUUUAUGGAAGAGUUUAUUAAUUUUGAUAUAAUUGACGAAUUGGUUUUAACAUCAGACAACGUAAAAGAAAAUUUAGGUAAAGCUAAAAAUACAACUAAUUGGACUUUAGAGGAUAUUCUUAAAAAAAAUUA